AUGAAUUUAUCCUUCAAAAAGCCAUCUGUAGACACUUGUUCAAAAUGUGACCGCAUCAAUAUGAAACUCAAGUAUGCAUUUGUGGAUCAGGCUACAAAUCUCAAGACGCUCAAGGAGCAUCAAGAGGCGUUUAAGGCUGCUUACGAAGAGAAAAAGGCAAAUAAACAACUGGCUCAAUCGAGCGAAGUUGUAGCUGUCAUAACAUUUGAUUUGCAACAAUGUUUACCCACCACAUAUUUGCAAACGAAUGUUGCAUUUUAUAAGCGACAAUUGUGGACAUUUAAUUUGACCAUACACGAUUUGAAAACAAACAAAGCUUUCUGUUACAUGUGGCCGGAGUGUGAGGGUAAUAGAGGGGCUAAUGACAUUGCUUCGUGUUUAUACGAUUUUAUCAUAAAUCAACUACCAAACUUACACCCAAACGCUAAGAAGCUGAUCAUGUUCUCGGACUCUUGUUUUGGCCAAAACAAGAAUUCGAUUGUAACAACAAUGUUAAUGCUAGUUACUAGACUAUCCCCACAAUUGCAAUUUAUUGAACAUAAAUUUCUCGUACCCGGUCAUACACACAUGGAGGCUGACACCGACCAUGCAUUGAUUGAGCGUAUAUACACUUGCCAAGAGAUUGGUACCAACUAG